ACUGCGGUUGUGUCAAUGACUAUCUCUCCACUUCUUUUUGUCGGCAUUUAUUGUUUCCUUUUGAAGAGAAUAAGCAAUCCUUAUGACAAAACACCUGCGGAUGAUGAAGGUUCCUUGCAAUUUGAUUUCAAGACAAUUGAAGAAGCGACUGAUAAGUUUUCGGAGAGCAACAAGAUUGGCGAAGGAAGAUUUGGUGAAGUGUACAAGGGUGUGUUACCGAAUGGGACCGAAGUGACGGUGAAGAGGCUGUCAAGAACAUCGAAACAAGGUGGACAAGAGUUCAAGAACGAGGCAGCUCUUGUAGCAAAGCUUUAGCAUAGAAAUCUGGUUCGGCUUCUCGGGUUUUGCGUGGAAGGCGAAGAGAAGAUACUUAUCUAUGAGUUUGUGCCAAACAAAAGCCUCAAAUAUGUCUUGUUUGAUCCUACAAAGCAACACGAGUUGGACUGGGCAAGAUGGUACAAGAUCAUUGGAGGAAUCACUCGAGGGAUUCUAUACCUUCAUCACGAUUCUCGACUCAUAAUCAUACACCGUGAUCUCAAAGCAAGUAACAUUCUGUUAGAUGCGGAUAUGAACCCGAAGAUAUCGGAUUUUGGCAUGGCGAGGAUUUUCGGGAUGGAUCAAACUCAAUCCAACACAAGCAGGAUAGUUGGAACCUUUGGUUACAUGUCUCCUGAAUAUGUGAUGCACGACCAAUUCUCCAUGAAAUCUGAUGUUUAUAGCUUUGGAGUAUUGGUUCUAGAAAUCAUAAGUGCGAAGAAGAAUAACAGCUUCUACCAAAGUGAUAGAGACUGUGAUUUGACCACACAUGUAAGAACACUAUUUUCGAGCCUCCUUCUCCUCCUUGCGAGUCUCUGUUCGGCGUGUUUGUUUGCUGUCUUUGCUCGUCCUUCGUUUGCUGUCUCUAUUCGCCGUAGAUUCAGAGAAAAACGGACUAAGAGCUCGCAUAAAUUAGCUAGGACUUUCUGUGGUCUUUCACUCUCUUCCUCGUUCCGGCGCUGCCAUCCUUUUCUACGGCCGUCAUCGCUGCCGUCGUUCCACUGUUCAUAUAGAGAAGACACGAAGAUGGUCUUCGGCCAGGUUGUCAUUGGUCCUCCUGGAUCUGGCAAGACCACUUAUUGCAAUGGCAUGUCUCAGUUCCUCCCUCUCAUUGGCAGGAAGGUUGCUGUCAUCAAUCUCGACCCUGCAAAUGAUGCCUUGCCGUACGAGUGUGCGAUUAAUAUAGAGGACUUGAUCAGAUUAGAAGAUGUGAUGGUGGAACACUCUCUCGGUCCUAACGGAGGUCUCGUUUUUUGUAUGGAUUACUUGGAGAAAAACAUUGACUGGUUGCAAUCUAAAUUAGAACCUCUUUUGAAGGACCAUUAUCUUCUCUUUGAUUUCCCUGGCCAAGUGGAAUUGUUCUUCCUUCAUUCCGGUGCCAAAAAUGUUAUCAUGAAGCUUAUUAAAAAAUUGAACCUUAGAUUAACCGCUGUGCAUUUAGUUGAUGCCCAUCUCUGCAGUGACCCUUCUAAAUACAUCAGUGCGUUGCUCCUCUCCUUGUCUACAAUGGUGCAUAUGGAACUCCCACACAUCAAUGUCUUGUCUAAAAUCGAUUUAAUUGAGAGCUAUGGGAAGCUAGCUUUCAACCUGGAUUUUUAUACCGACGUUCAAGAUCUGUCAUAUUUACAGUACCAUCUUGAUCAGGAUCCCCGCUCUGCUAAGUACAGAAAACUAACAAAGGAGCUGUGUGAUGUUAUUGAAGAUUAUAGCCUUGUAAAUUUCACGACGUUGGACAUUCAGGACAAAGAGAGCGUGGGGAAUCUGGUAAAGCUGAUAGACAAGAGCAAUGGAUACGUAUUUGCUGGUAUUGAUGCAAGCGCAGUCGAGUUCAGCAAGAUUGCAGUUCGUCAAGUCAAUUGGGACUAUUACAGAGUUGCAGCCGUGCAAGAGAAGUACAUGAAAGAUGACGAGGACUUGAAGGACAAACAACCUGAAAACUAACUAGGGAGACUGGUACGAGAAUCUAGGUCUCUUUGUGCCACAAAGUAUGAAAACUGUUCUUUGAACUUUAGAUAGGACGUGGAGAUAAGUUCUGAACGAUGAUCAUAAGCUCUGUGAUUGACCAGAUUUGAUUCUGAGAGAAAUCAUAGGUUCUGCUCUGUCCAUGUUUGUUGAGUAAAGCAACAGAUUUCUUGUAUUUAACUUUGCUGUAAAAUCAAAACGCUCAAAGUGCUUCACUUUCUUUGAAGCUACGGGUUUUUUGAAGAAAUUUCACUAUCACUUUUCUUUU